AUGAUGGUUUUUAAGUAUGUUUGGUUAUUACCGUUAUUUGUAUCUGUAUAUUUACUAUAUUCAAAUGAUUAUCUAAAUGAUAUCAGACUUGAUUCCGUGGAAAAAUGGCUAAAUAUUGUUAAAAAUGCUUAUACUAAUAUGAAUAAAAACUCGAACUUGGUAUUAGAUGUUAACCACAAAAUGUUUACAUCAGAUGAACUUAGAAAAUAUACAAAUUUAAAAGAUGGUUUGUAUAUUUCAAUAUUAGGACAUGUUUUUGAUGUUACUAAAGGAGAAAAAUAUUAUGGACCUGGUGCAGCUUAUCAUGGCUUCACUGGUCGUGAUGGAUCAUUAGCAUUUAUUACAGGACAAUUUGAUGAUAAUGGUUUGACAGAUGAUAUCUCUUCAUUAUCUAUGGAACAAAUUAAAGCAUUAAAUGAUUGGGUACAAUUCUAUAAUGAAACCUAUAUUUAUAAAGGAAAGUUAAUUGGUAGAUAUUAUAAUGAAGAUGGUGUACCAACUGAAGAAUUUUACAAUAUACAACAAAUAUUAAUAGAAGCAAAGGAGAAACAGUUUGAGGAAGAACACAAGAAAAGAAUGUUUCCACCUUGCAAUAUAGAGUGGAAACCAGAUUCUGGUACUGUAGUAUGGUGCUCUAAGAAAAGUGGUGGAAUAGAAAGGGACUGGAUUGGUGUACCAAGAAUGUUGUUUGAAUCUCCAAGUUCUAAACAAUACAGGUGUGCAUGUGUCAAGCUUGAUAGUAAAGAGUAUGAGGAAUCGAAAGGCAUGCUUAAAGAAUAUACUAAAUGUCCAAAAACUGCAAUAAAGUGUGCUCUGCAAACAAAUGAUUUAUAACAGGCAGAGAGAUCCCAAAUUAGCAAUUGCAGUUUAAACCAAGAUAAUGAGAAAGUACUAUAUUUUUUAUAUAUUUUGAUACAGUAUAUUGA